CAUCUAUUACCUCCCUUGAAGUACACGCGCCAUAUCCUAUGACGGCGGUUUUUAAAAUGACAACAUUGCAAGAGUGACUGCCAUCAACUUGACUUGUGACAACUAUCUAAAUAAGAUCAGAGAUCUUUUGAAAUGGCCUCCUUCGUGACAGAAGUUUUGACGUCAGCGGGUAAGCUGGAGACACAGGAGGUACAGGGAAAGCUAGAUGCCCUGACUAAACAGAUUGACUCCCUCAAGAUACAGGUGUAUGAAGUGACUCACAACAAGUAUGUUGAUUUCCAGUCCACCAUGGGCACAUCUGAAGAGCUGGCAGAAAAUGUGGAAAGAAUAUCAAAAGAAAUGUCAGAUGUAUCAGAUAGGAUAGAAAAUGAGAUAAAGAGUCAGUUGAAUAUGUCUACAGAAGUCGUGGAAUCUCUGAAACGUCAGCUGCUUGAGGUUACUGAUGUUAUGCUUGUUUUAGAGAGCUUGGUUCAGAUACAAGAGGGUCUUCAGUGUAUAUCAGAAGCAGACAAGACUUGUAACUUCUCCAAAGCCGCUGAAGCCAUACUGAAUAUUCAUGAACUGUUGUCCAGUCUGGUGGAAGGCAACAAAGAUGUUCAUAUUCUCCUGGCCUUACAGACAGAGUACUGGGUACAGAAGGAAAAAUUUCUCUAUGACAUCGGCGACAAAUGGAAGGAACUUGUGUUUUGGACAAUGCCAGAUAGUAAUGAAACAAAACAGCAGAAGUGUGAACUUAAGAUCAUGACAGGCACAACAAAUUUGUCUGUUUUGAAAGACAUUGUUGUGGUGAUGGAGAAGUUGGACCUUUUGGAUUCAAAAAUGAAAAGUUUUGGGGAGAGACUAGUACUUCACAUUGCUCAGCCUUGUAUUACUAACAGUAAAACAGUGCUGAAGGAAAGUGUUACUGGCCAGUCAAAGACCCUAACUGUGAAAUAUUGUGAGGACUCUACAGGGAAACCACCCUCCCCAGGAGAAGUGUUUGCCAAAAUAACACAGAUAUUCAAAUGGUUGAACGACUGUUUUCUACACAUUAUGAUUGAUGAGCAAGGCCAGGUGUUGAUGGAGAGACUGGGUGGCAUGGUGGCUCACCAAGUGAUGGAUCUCGUUGUAAAACAAUGCCUUACGCAUGCUAUCCCAACCAGUAAUAGACAAAUGGAAGGUUUUCAGAAUGACGUAUCUGCUACUGAGGUCUUCAAUCAGAAACUUACUGAAAUGAAAUUCAUACCACCAAAUGAAACUACAUUGACAGAUUUUGUACAAAAUGUUAAUGUUCUUUUUGCAAACAAGAAAUGUCAGGAAAUUUUGGAGAAAGCCCGCAAUUUGAUGACAUCAGAGAUGCACAAUUCUGUGGCAGUGUCAGAUGAUAAACCCCUUGGGGAGCUACCUGCCCUUGAAAAGGGACAUGAUGCACCUUCUAGUAAGAAAAGUAGGAAAUUGGACUUGGCAGGAGAAUGCAAACUUAGUGAUAAUACCUUCAAACUUCCAUCUUGUCACAUCAGUGUUUGUAUUCAGCAGCUGCUGACCCUUGCUUAUGAGACUCUACAUGAAGCUGGUGAGAGUUCACCACAGAGUGCCAUACAGCUCUUCUAUGCUGUCAGGAAUAUGCUGGAGCUCUUCUGCAGUGUCUUCCCGACUUACCACAAGGAAAGCCUUGUCAACUUUCCUCAGCUAAGUGCCAUAUUUCACAACAACUGUAUGUUUAUUGCCCAUCACUUGAUGACCAUGGGCCAUCAGUUCCGUAAAAAGUUGCCCCCGACAAUCAAUGCAACCUUUGUCGACCUUGUACAGAAAAUCCGUCGACUUGGCACCGACACUUUCCUGCAGCAGAUGUCGCGACAGAAAGGUGUAAUGGCGGAGUGCCUUGGAGGAGCAAAAGGGUUUGCCAGUGUUUCUGAGGAGAAUAUGUACUUUGAUGCAGAACGUGCUAUAAAACAGACCAUUCAUCAAUUCCAUCAUCUUCAGAAGGUCUGGCAAGAGGUUCUUCCUCCAAGUGUUUAUAGGAAGGCAAUAGGUACGCUGCUGAAUUCGGUCGUGGUAGACAUCACAGCGUCCAUCGUGGUAUUGGAGGAUAUCUCUUCAGAUGACGCUCGUCAGCUAGCUACACUACUUACAAUCAUUAUGGAUAAGGCUGGACCACUACUACAAACACCAGCAGAUGAUAAGGUCAACUUGACAUUUGAACUCCAGAAAAAUGUCUCAAAGUGGCUUCGGUAUAAAGAACUGAUUACAGUGCUAAAUGCAAGUCUUUUAGAGAUCUCUGAUAGAUGGGCAGAGGGCAAAGGCCCCCUAGCAGUUGAAUUCACACCAAAUGAGAUGAAGUCACUGAUCAGGGCCUUGUUUCAAAACACAGAGCGGCGGGCUGCUGUUCUAGCCAAAAUAAAGUAAAGUAAAAUAUUACCACCAGCUCUGUUGUUAAAAACUUUAUUUGGUAUCCCCAUUAUUUUCAGUGAAGUACAUUUUAACCUAUUGUAUUACUAUUACCAGCUUCAAUACCGCCAGCUCUGUUGUUAAAACUGUAUUUGGUAUCCCCAUUAUUUUCAGUGAAGUACAUUUUAACCUAUUGUACUACGUUGUUAUAUUGUACUUCGUUGUUACAUGGGUACAAGGUAUACCUAUCAUGCACGCAAGACCAGCUCAGGGAAGCACAGUUCAGUCUUGAUACAUCUAUAUGUUUGUGAAGCAUACUAUGGUGGGAAAUGCGUGAAGCUGCGAUACUCUUGUUAAAAUAAAUGUCUCAAUAGCAUAAUUACUGAUGUAAUUAGGUGAUGCUAUGACAUUGAUAUUGAGUGCCAGUCUAAAAAUGAUACAUGAAAUUAUGAAGUGCUAGAACAUGUUUAGAUUCAGCUUAUUUUUGGUGCCUUUUGUGAUUAAGAUGCUGAAUAUAGGUACAAGUAAGUCUUGAGCUCACGAUCAUACAUUGUGUCAAAUUCUUAAUUGUCCAUCAAAUAAAUAGUUACCUGGGAAUGGAGUUGUUUUGUUGAAUAGUAUUUUAUACUACACUGAAAAAAUAGCAACAAUAAGAUUUCAAGUUUGGAUUUCUAACCAUCCAUGGACCAAGAGUACAUGUUAGAAUUCUCCAUUUCAACCUGAUCACAUGUGGUCUGUAAAAAUAUGAUGUAGACAACAGUAUUCUGAACACAAUGUACCUGUGAUAUACUCCUGGAGUUAUGAUGCUUUGUGUUGACAUUGACAAGGCAACAUCCUGUUUUGGGGUAGAGUAAAAUCACAAGUAGGCAAUGGGAUAUAAUAGCUGGUUAUUUGAUUGUGUACAUUUACUUAUCGUUCGAGAUUUGGCAAAUGUGAUGCCUUAAUAUAUACAUCAUGUAAAGUAUUAUACAACUGUUAGUGAAAUAAAGUUAAAUUAUUAAAAUUGUAUUUUGAAAAACAAA